UUUUGUUCAAUUAUUUGGUGUCAACAACAGUAUUGUGUACAAAGUACUAAAAAAGAACAAGAAGCAUCUAUACAAAUUUUUAAAAGUGCAGGCUUUGUUGCAGCGAGACUACCUAGUGCGGCAAGUUUAUUGUGAGUGGUUUAUGGCUCAGAGCCCGCGCACACAGAGAGCGGUCAGGAGUUCCGAGUUCCGCGUUCGGCGUUCAUUAGAAUGUAUCGAGUCUAUAACAACAACGCACACAGCGGGCAGUCAAACCGCGGCGGUCAAAGCGGAACGUCGCGUUCUAAGAGUUCUUUGCCCGCCGAGACAGGGAACGCCCGAACGCCGCGAUGUCUGAAGUUGGAAACACGGAAAAGUUGAUUGAAUUGGUUAGGGAAAGGAGUUUAUUAUACGAUUUAAGUGAUGUAGACUAUAAAAAAGCCGAAGCUUGGCUUGAAAUUGCCACAGAAAUGGGAUUUGGAGAGAGUAAAAUAUGGAUAGCCAAGUGGAAGAGUCUGAGGGAUAACUACAACAAGUACAAGAAAAAUAAUGAAUCUUCUACAGGCCAGGCUUAUAAAAAGUAUAAGUCUUGGCCAUGGGCUUCGCAAUUGAGGUUUUUAGACGAUUUUAAUUUUAGAAGACAAACAGAAACUAAUAGUCAGCGUACUCCAGCCAACAAUCAUACCACUGUUACAGCCGACACAGAGAACUCUACGAUGAAUGAAACACAAAAUACUACAGAUUCUGAGGUUUCUGUAUAUGCAACUGGACCAAGCAAGCAAAUUCCGAGAAAACGAAUAAAAACGAGCGUAGAUCCCAGUGAUAGUGAUAAAAUACUAGAAUAUUUAAAAAAUAAAAAUGAACAAAAAACCAAAAUGGAUGGAGUCGAUCAUUUUUUUUUAAGUUACGCGCAAACUCUUAAGACAUUCCCACCUAGAAUGCAAAGUAUAGUAAAGCUAGAAAUGGCUUCUCUAUUUUCCCGGUACGAGCUACAAGUGGCAGAAGGGAGUGAUGCAAGUGCACCGUCAUCAGUCAAUCAAAGGUCUUGCAGUUCGACAACAAAUUCAGAGUCGGUUCCAAGUCCCUAUGAUCAGUAUGCCAUUCCUAGGCCUGUUUCUGAACAGUUUCCGGAACCUGCUAAUGCAUCCAAUCAACAAAAUAGGGUGGUGUACGUCCUUUCACCACAAUCAACUCCAGUUUUUCAUACAACUAGUACACCGCAGCCGCCGUUGACUGGAAACCUAACAGAAUAUUACGAAAACAUGCCGUAUUCGUUAGAUGAUUCGAUUAACAAAUGAACCUUUUGUAUAUUUUAGUAAUUACCCAUUUCUAAAUACUAAAAUGUCUUUUCUUAUCCUUAAUAAAUAAAUACAUACCUUAAAAUACAGCCUGCCUUUCUUUUGAUGAAACACAUUUCCUCCAGUUAGUAUUUUGUUUUUCGAUAUCAGGUUUUAUGAUGUUAUACAAUUCAUUAAGAAGAGCAAUAAUUCUUCAUCGGACGAUGAACUUUCUAGUGACAUGGUGCAUGUGCAAAGACCCAAACGGAACUAGAACGCGAGAAUUUGAACGCGGCUUGUGUGUGUUGGAACUCUUGAGCGGUCAACGGUCACUAGAACGCAGAACUCUGACCGCUCUUUGUGUGCGCGGGCUCUCAGUGCCAUGGGAACAGACGCGAUAUAACAUUCGCACAAAAUGUUAUUUGGACGGACGAAUCAACGUUCACUAACAAUGGACUAUGGAAUCCAAAAAAUAUCCAUUAUUGGAGUACGGAAAACCCCCGUCUAAUGAGACAGACAGCUCACCAAUAAAGGUUCUCUGUUAAUGUCUGGGCAGCUAUUCACGGAAAUACAAUAAUUGGUCCGGUAUUUAUUGAUGGUACUUUGAAUACAGUCCAUUUUUUACAAUUGAUAAAUGUCACUUUAUUACAGUAUUACAACAAUCUGCCCGAAAAUGUAAAAAAUGUGACAUGGUUCCAACUCGACGGAGCCCCUGCUCAUUUCGUUGUGGCAGUCCGUGAAAAUUUGACCGAAAUAUUCGGAAAUCGAUGGAUCGGACGAUUCGGUCCUAAGCGAUGGCCACCGAGAUCGCCCGAUUUAACAUGUUUGAACUUCUUUUUAUGGGGAGCUAUCAAAAACGACGUAUAUUCCGCCGAAGUAGAUAAUGUAGAAAUGCUAAAAGAUCGAAUUACUCAGGCAUUUAACACCAUACGGCAACGUGAUCUCUUAAAAUCAACUUGAAUAAAACUAAAUAUAUCCAGUUUAGGAAUUAUAAAACAAAUCCCAUAGAAUUAAAUAUCACAAAAGGCGGAACGACAAUAGAAGAAGUUAGUAAUAUACGUUUCCUGGGUGUUACUAUUGAUACUUUUCUUAACUGGAAAGAGCAUAUUGUUCGAAUUAAUAAUUUGAUUUCUAGCCAAUGUUAUGCUUUGUCAACCUUAUCGGGCACUUGC